AUGAUAGGAUUACUUCUCCCACAGAUUGACUUGUCAAAAUACCAGCUGGUGUAUUCAGAAAAGGACAAAGAGAGGACGGAAGAUUGUCUCAGUGUCUGGGUCCUGGCCCUGAGAGGAGGGGGCAGUGGGGAUGGGGGUGGGGAGGGGCUCAGGCUGAAGGCAGAGAGGGACCCGGCUCCAGGGGAGAGGGAGCAGGGACAGCAGCCUCCAGCCCGGCCCCCUCAGACUCCAGGCUCCCCGCAGCAGGGCCAGAGCCCCAACACUGUGCCCCCUGAGUGUGUGGGGCGGGAAUGCCCGCAGCCCGGGGCCCACAGGCUGAAGGCAGAGGCCAGAGCUGCCUGGAGAGCAGCCGGGGCUGAGGGGGCCGGGCCUGUGGAGACACGGGGCCAGGGCUGCUGCAGCUCCAAGACGGGGGUACGGGGCCGGGGCCUGCCGGACGUGCGGAAGGAGGAGCCUGAGGGCAGUCGUGCUGCAGGCUCUGAGCUGGCCUUCUUGCGGGAGCCAGGGUACGCGGUGGCCACGCGGGAGCGCCCACCGGUGCUGCCAUGCCGGGUGGAGGAUGAGCCGCCCAUGUCCAUUUCCUGGCAGCAGGAUGGGCUGGCCCUGGCCAAUGACAGCAGUGCCACCCUGGUGCCCGACAGCUCCCUGCAUCUGGCCACCUCGCCCUCCCACUGGAGCCUCCCCUCCCGCACCCACGAGUACCACUGCGUGGCCCAGAACCGCUUUGGGCGCCUGGUGAGCCGGCGGGCCGGGUGCAGCUGGCAGUGCCUGAUCCAGGGAGUGCCGGAGCCUUCCGUCUCCUGGGAGCACAACGGCACGACGUUGAGUACUGCCAGCCACCGGGUGAUGCUGCUGCCUCAUGGCAUCCUCCGCGUCACCAGCGUGAGCCGGGCUGACGUGGGCACCUACCGCCACGCGGCACACAAUGUGGCCAAUACCCGCCACAGCCAGGAUGCCUGGCUGACCCUGAAGGUUAAGCAAGGAUCAGGGGAAUCAGAGUGGGCACUGGGCAGAGAGGAGGUGGGAUCCCCAAGGCUGCUGCAGGAGCCGAGAUUCUGUCUGGGGUCUCAGAACCUGACGCUCACGGUACACCAAACGGCACUGCUGGAAUGCAUCGCCACAGGCCACCCAUGGCCACUGAUCUCCUGGAGCCACCUGGAUGGCCAAUCCGUCGGCGUAGAGGGCAUCCAAGUCCUGGGCCCCAGGAACCUCAUGAUCUCUGAUGUGUCGGUCCAGCACUUAGGCGUCUACGUCUGUGCAGCCAAUCGGCUGGGAACCCGGGUCCGACGCGCAGCACAGGGCGUCCUGCUCGUGCAGGCUCCGCCCGAGUUUGUCCAGUGGCCACAAUCCUUAUCCAGGCCUCCAGGCAGCAGCGCCGUCUUCACCUGUGUGGCCUAGGGCGUCCCCGAGCCCCGGCUGGCAUGGUUAAAGAAUGGGAAGGGGCUGAGCCCUGGGGAUAACAUUCGGCUAACCCACAACAACAGCACACUGAUGCUGGCGGGGAUCUCAGCAGCGGACGAGGCCAUCUACCAACGCGUGGCAGAGAACAGCGCGGGCUCCAACCAGGCCAGUGCCCGCCCGGCUGUAUGGGACCCAGAGCCACCCCCUGCCCCCAGGGGUCUGCAGGCAAUGGCACUCUCCACCUCUGCCAUUCGAGUGUCCUGGGAACCACUGCCCUCCAACGGGGACAUCGCCAGCUAUGUGCUGCACCUCCGGCCUGUUGGAGAGCCAGCUGGCCCGGAGCUCCAAGAGGCCGUGGGCAAAGGCACCUUUGAGCAUGUCUUCUCCAGUCUGGAGCCUGACACGGUCUACUCUAUCCACUUGCAGGCCUACUCAGCAGAGGGUGCCAGCCAGGACCCAGCCUCCAUCCACGCUUCCACCAUGGGCAACAGGGAGUGACACCCUCUCCAGCCUUGUAGAGCCCCUGGCCUCAGGCAGACAGGGCUGCCAACCAGCUCAUCUCACUUCUCUGUAGUCCCUGCCGCCCUUGGCUUCUCUACCAAAGUGCUCAACGCCACUUCUGUUCAGGCCUCCUGGGAGCUGCCGUCCCAGCUGGGGCCCAUCCAGGGCUUCAAACUCUUUCACCGCAA